AUGGAGCAGGCGAUUGAUCAGCCUGACUUUUUGGAAGUCGCUAGCGGCUUGAGGGUUGCCGCCGAUCAUCUGGAACGAUGUCGAAACCUUCCCGCCGAGGACGAUGGUGCCCGCAUGGCCCAUACUCUUCAAACCAUGUUGGAACGCAUAGAUGCAAUGGAAAGGAACAUGAACCGUCGUUUUGACCAAGUGGAGCGCAGGAUGGACGGAUUCGAUCGCAAGCAGGAUGACUUCGAUCGGAAGUUAACGGUGUCGAACAAGAAUUUGAUGGCCCGACUUCAGAACAGCAUUGUUGUGCACGAUAACGUUGCCUUGGCACCCCUCUAUAGCGUCAUCACGGGAGAGGUGAUGGAACGAUGCCCCAGUACUCUAGCGGAUUUGGAGAGGAUGUCUCACCAGGAGGUGGCUGACUUGCUGCGUCAUUCGGAUGAGCCUGUGCCAAGGACCAUCGACCAGAGGAGACGGCAGUUGAGACACGCUUUUGGUGUAAGGACGAAGGCGGAUUGA